CUCAUACUGUACUUUAAACUAGGUUCUUGAUUUGUCAGUGUCUGUGAGGAGGGUUUGAUCCAUGGUUUUUUUUUUGUUGAUUUCUUUGUUUUACAUAAAUAUGUGAUAUGGGCAUUCUUUAUUUUUGGUGACAAUUUUUGAAGUCAUUUCGUUUUUACAUCUUCCUGAAAGUUUUAUGAAAGAUAGGUGAUUUGAUUCGACCCCUUUCGGUUUUGGAAGUCUUAAUAGUUUCGGGUAGUUUCGGGGGAGUGACUUAAUAUGGUAUCAGAGCGGAAUUUGUUUGAAGCUUGACAAAGUUCAUUAUUUUUGAAUUACAUGAUUUGGGGAUUGUUGCCUAAAUGAUGAGUUUUUGGUGAUCUGCUCUUUAAUUUGAUUGAAAAAAGAGAAGUUUUUGAGUGAAGUGCUCUCUCUUUUCUUCGUAUUCUGAGAGGAUGUUGACGGAUAAGGACCCAUUGCCGAGUUCCUGGCUGAAAAUUUCUUCGCAAAAGGCCAACGAGGGAGCAACUAGUCUGGACAAUCAAUCAAAUGCAGGCACAGCAGUUAAAAGGAAGCAGGAGGCCUAUGUGAGUACAGAUGAUGAGGAUGACCAACCACUAUCUUUCAGGAGGGCUCGGACUAGUAUGGCUGCUAAGCCCGCAGCCCGCCAUGCUUCUUCUUUGGCAGCUGGUACCCUCGCCACAAAAUCUGGAGUGACUGGAUUUGAAAAUGGGGAGAAGCGCAAGUUGUUGAACAACCGUCCUAUGGUCAAGUUUAAAAUUAACGUGGAAACUGAAGGGACCAUUGCUAGUCAGGCACAAAGGCAGAUACGUCAGGCUGCCUCAACUGUUUCGGAGCUGUGCACUGGCUUUGAGACAUCAAAGAUGAAAAAUGAGGAGCUGAGGAAGCAGGUAAUUGACCUCCAGGGUCAAAUCCGAAAGUGGAAGGGUCAAAAAGCCAGGUGGGAUGAGAUGAAGAAAGAGCUUGAGAGAGAACGUGAUGAUGUACGGAAAGAAGUACAUAAAGCUGCAAGUGAGAAGCGUGAUCUCGAGGAGAAGUUGGAGAAAACUGUCAAGAAGGCAGAAGAUGAAAAAGUCUAUGCUAAGAGGGCAAUAGAAGAGGCUGCCCUUAAAGCUUUUAGUGAGAAGCGUCAUCUUGAGGAGAAAUUGGGGAUGGCUGUCAAACAGGCAGAAGAUUUCAAGGCCGCUGCUAAGAAGGCAAUCUACGAGGCCGCCUCAACUAAGAAAUGUUACAAGAUUGGCUUAAGCAAUUUUGUUGCAUACCUGGCUACCGGUGAAGGCAGAUCGUUGGGGGACUACGUAAACGAGCUAAUUGAGGAGAUACCACAUGAUAAUAGGGCCCCGGGUGAUGCCGCAAUCAACAUGGCAGGACUUAAAGGUGACAGGACUAUAAAAGAUGAACCCCGUGACUACCACUUGGCAGGUUUUGCAGAGAAUGCUGCUUUACAGGGUAACUAUUCUUGAAUGUACAGACAACUUCAGAGUUUUAGGAGAAGGUUUUGAUACGUUUUUACUUAUGCGUGAGGAUGGUUCCGGAGUUGUACAUUUUGUUAGAUGUCUUAGUUAUGUUCUUCACUGUCAAGUGUCAAGGCCAACUAAUUUCAGUUUUAGAAGGAAGAUGCUUUCAGUAACA